GCGUGUCGCCGGCGGUAAUAGUUACCGCCUUGGUCAGUCGCUGUGGGAGUGCUUAGGAAAGCGAUAUGGGAGAAGAUUGGGAAGAUAUAGCGAGGGAUUGAGAGGACGAAGAGGAACAAGGAAGGGGAAUGGAGUCGGAUUUCGGGGUUCCCAGGGAGCUGUCCGAGGUCCAGAAGAAGCGGGCGGAGUACCAGCCCGAAUUGCCCCCUUGCCUCCAGGGCACUACAGUUGGGAUAGAGUUUGGCAACGCGACAACCUGCGCAGAUCCAUCCAGUGCACAUGUUAUUGGUCAGGCCUUCCCACACACGUUUGGUCAGCCUUUGGCUCAUUUUUUGUCGGCAACUGCGAAGGUGCCUAAUGCACAGAUCAUUACUGAGCAUCCUCCUAUGAGGGUAGGCAUCGUGUUUUGCGGGAGGCAAUCACCAGGAGGACAUAAUGUUGUAUGGGGUCUUUAUAGCGCUAUUAAACUCCACAACCGAGACAACACCUUACUUGGCUUUGUUGGUGGCACUGAAGGUCUGUUUGCACAGAGAACUUUGGAAAUUACAGAAGAGGUUCUUUCUAGUUACAAGAACCAAGGUGGCUAUGAUUUGCUGGGCCGGACUGUUGACCAAAUCAGAACAACUGAGCAAGUAAAUGCUGCUUUGACUGCAUGCCAAGAUUUGAAGUUGGAUGGUCUUGUCAUUAUAGGAGGAGUCACAUCCAACUCGGAUGCUGCUCAACUUGCAGAAACAUUUGUCGAGGCCAAAUGUCCUACAAAGGUAGUUGGUGUCCCUGUUACUUUGAAUGGAGAUCUUAAGAAUCAAUUUGUGGAGACAGAUGUUGGGUUUGAUACUGUUUGCAGGGUCAAUUCUCAACUAAUAAGCAAUGUCUGCAUAGACGCAUUGUCUGCAGAGAAGUACUACUAUUUCAUCCGCUUGAUGGGUCGAAAGGCUUCCCAUGUGGCUCUCGAGUGUGCAUUGCAAUCACAUCCUAAUAUGCUCAUCUUAGGAGAGGAGGUGGCAUUAUCAAAACUAACCAUUUUCGACAUUACUAAGCAAAUCUGUGAUGCAGUUCAAGCGAGGGCUGAGAAAGAGAAGAAUCAUGGUGUCAUUCUUAUUCCUGAGGGGCUUGUAGAGAGCAUUCCUGAAUUGUAUGCACUUCUGCAGGAAAUUCAUGGUCUCCACAGCCAAGGCAUUUCGAUCGAGAAUAUCUCCUCUCACCUUUCGCCUUGGGCAUCUGCAUUGUUUGAAUUUUUGCCACCCUUUAUCAGGAGACAGUUGCUGCUUCAUCCAGAGUCUGAUGACUCUGCGCAGCUGUCCCAGAUUGAAACAGAAAAGCUUCUAGCACAGUUGGUGGAAGCAGAAAUGAACAGAAGGAUGAAAGAAGGCAUAUACAAAGGAAAGAAAUUCAAUGCAAUAUGUCAUUUCUUCGGGUAUCAAGCUCGUGGAUCUUUACCAUCAAAGUUCGACUGUGACUAUGCAUAUGUUCUUGGACAUAUCUGCUACCAUAUUCUGUCAGCCGGGUUGAAUGGAUACAUGGCUACUGUUACUAACUUAAAACAUCCUGUGAACAAAUGGUGUUGCGGUGCUGCACCACUCACUGCUAUGAUGAACGUGAAGCGACAUUCACGUGGUUCUGGGGCCAUUCCUAUUGGAAGGCCAGCCAUCCAUCCUGCCACAAUAGACUUGAAAGGCAAAGUAUAUGAGUUGCUGAGACAGAAAGCUUCAAGCUUUUUGUUGGAUGACUUGUACAGAAACCCAGGGCCUCCUCAGUUUGAAGGACCUGGUGCCGACGAUAAGACCUUUACUCUCUCUAUCGAGGAUCAAGAUUACAUGGGGAGGAUAAAAAAGCUUCAGGAUUAUCUUGACACGGUGAAGAGCAUCAUUAAACCCGGGUGUUCUCAGGACGUGCUCAAAGCUGCUUUGAGUGCCAUGGCGUCCGUGACUCAAGUGCUGACAGUGAUGUCUAGUCCAUCAUUUGGUGGACUUCAGCCACUCUAACUGCCUUUUCUAGGCUUGAUGAUGUUAACUUGCCCAUGUGUAAACUUGUAUAAGUAGCUUCUCAUUCACUAUGUUUUCCUCACUAUCACCAUCAUCAUUGCGUUAAUCCUCGUUGUUCUAAUUGUGUUGGAGUUGAUUUUAUUAAUGUUUUAGAGGACAUAUUUACUUUUUAUCA